GGACAGCUCCAGAGGCUGCAUCCCUGAGGCUGGGGGCGCUGCUCGGCUCCGCCCCCGGGCCUGCAACUUGACCCAGGCUGCGACCCCCUGCUCUGACGUCUCGGAAAAUUCCCCCUCCCCAGGUCCCCCCAGGGGGGGUGUGGGGUAUGAAAUGGGACUGAGACCCCCGGCUAGGGGCAGAGGAACCCGCCAGAGGUCAUUCCAAAACGAGCACCCAUGGACGCUUGGAGCUGCCAUGAGACCCCACCACAGGAAGUGCCUCCGGGGAACAAGCUGUCAGGCCCGGAAGAGACUGAAUUUGGCUUCUAUUUCCCUGAACUGGCGCUCCAAGGGGACACAGCGACAGGCGAAACAUACUGGAAAGGUCCCAUUCAGCUGUGGCAGUUUCUCCUGGAGCUGCUCCGGGACGGGGCUCGUAGCAGCUGCAUCCGCUGGACAGGCAACAGCCGCGAGUUCCAGCUGUGUGACCCCAAAGAGGUGGCGCGGCUGUGGGGCGAGCGCAAGAGGAAGCCGGGCAUGAAUUACGAGAAGCUGAGCCGAGGCCUGCGUUACUACUACCGCCGCGACAUCGUGCAGAAGAGCGGGGGACGCAAGUACACGUACCGCUUCGGGCACCGCGUGCCUGAUUUGGCUUGUUCGGACUGUCCCGGGUUCCGGCCGGGAGCAGAGACCCAAUAAAACAUCCUGCCAAACUUUGUCACGCCUUCUAGUCUGCGUUCUUCUCACUCUCACUGGCUAGCCCCGUGGGGAGCCAAAG